CUUCUGAAGUCACAUUGACGACGAAAAUCCCGGUCACAGACAUCUUAGUAUCUGCAGUCUCGUGACAUUGAUGUCUAUGGCAAUGCUAUAUUGCUAGCUAGCAUUAGCAUAAAUUCAAUCAUUCCUGUUUUCCUGGCCACAGGACAAGUGACCAGUUAACUCAUUCCUGAUGACUUUACUUGGAUGAUCAUCAAUAAUGUUUACGUCGAAGGUUAUUCCUCGCCUCAGUCUAUUACAUAGAGUAUCUUGCUCACUUCAAGCCCAUGCAGAAACUUUGCAUGGAUGGGUAAAACCGGCUGUUCCUCCUUACUGCUCUUCACUAAAACAGAAAUGGAGAAACUACUCAACAGCAGCAGACAACAGAUUUCCUCCUCAAUGGGUCCAACUUGAGCCAGAACUGGAUGAGGCUCUUGUACCUCGUAAACUGUCAGUAACUCCUCUGGAGAGCUGGCUCUCCCUGCGCUACUCCCUUCCUCCUCUGCUGGAGUCUGCUCAGCCGCUGGAGGACGUAGUGCUGAUGGAAGAGAAGGUGCUGCCACCCAUUUCUGUCCCUGUUAUUGAGGAUGGAAAGGGUUCAGCAACACCUCUUAGAUGUAAGAAUGUUCUGGAGAUCCGACGGCGGAUGAUUAACAAGCAUAAAUACAAGAAGCUGCAAAAACGGACUAAAUUCAUGAGGAAGAAAGUGCUGGAUGGUAGGAGGAAAAGGAAGCAGAAACGAUUUGAGGAGGAUCUGAAGAGGAUUUGCGCAAGAGCCGGACUGAAAAAGGUUCCAGAGGGAUGGAGUAUACCUAAAAUCUUCAGAAAACAGCACGGAAGCAGCACAGAAUGAAAAACACAAACUGUUUGUUUGUGUCACAUCCCUCAUUCUAGAAGGUUCAGCUCACUUUCUGCAGUUUAACUGCAGACAUACUCACCAUGUGUACAAUUAUUUUUAACAAAGUGUACAUAAUCAAAUAAAGAUCUUUCUCUGUCAAGG